AUGAAGGAGAAGUUGAGAGAAGACGGGCCUCCCAGCGCUGACUGCCUUCUCAGCUCCCGUGGGCCCUGGCUCCCUCCCCCUCCCGUACUCGGAUCGUCUGUCCAGACGGCGCUGGUCGAGGCUGGGCUCUUUCUACUCAAUGCCCAACUGGCUGCGAUGUUCAGGGGAGGCAGCAACACGGACGUGGAUGAGCCAAGAUGA